AGAAAAUUGAUGAAGUUGAAGAGAAAGUAUCAUUUUACAUUUUACUACUAACAAACAGCUCAUCAAAUUGCAUUUAAACUACAAUUUAGUCGUAUACCACUCCUCUUACUAGGCCUCUUGUUGCUAUCUCAUCUCUUUAAUAUCUUCCAAAUUUCAACUCUCGUGUUCCAUGCUAAACAAAUCUUGGAAUUUCAAAAUUAGUAACAAUAUAAAAUUAAUACCCAGAAAUAUCACAUUCAUAAUUUCAUACCCACUUUACAUAUUUCACUAGAAAUAAGCACAAGGAUUUGAGAAUAGUGAAGAAAUGGGUGAACUAAAUGAAAGAUUUAAAGCAUUUAUCAACAACAGAUGGCUAGUAUUUGUCGCAGCGAUUUGGAUACAAGCUUGUGCAGGAAUUGGGUAUAUGUUUGGGAGUAUAUCUCCUACUAUUAAGAGUAAUUUGAACUAUAAUCAAAGACAAGUAGCAAGAUUGGGCGUUGCUAAAGAUUUAGGAGAUAGUGUUGGGUUUUUAACUGGUUAUGCUUGUGAAGUUUUGCCAUUAUGGGCUGCUCUUCUUGUGGGUGCUCUUCAAAAUUUGAUUGGAUAUGGUUGGGUUUGGCUUAUCAUCACUGGGAGAGCCCCACCUUUGCCAUUGUGGGCUAUGUGCGUUCUUAUAUUUAUUGGAACGAAUGGUGAAACGUACUUCAACACCGCUUCUCUUGUGUCUUGCGUGCAAAACUUUCCGAAAAACCGAGGUCCAAUUGUGGGCAUUUUGAAAGGUUUUGCCGGGCUGAGUGGAGCAAUAUUGACACAAAUUUAUGCCCUUAUAAAUAGUCCCGACCAGGCCUCACUCGUCUUCAUGAUUGCUGUUGGACCAACUAUGGUUGUUGUUUCCUUGAUGUUCAUUAUAAGACCCGUCAAAGGUCACAGACAAGUUCGGCCUUCUGAUGGAGCAAGUUUCUCAUUCGUUUAUAGCGGUUGCCUAGUGCUUGCUGCUUAUCUUCUCGGAGUGAUGCUUGUGCAAGAUCUGAUUGAUGUCAGUCAUACCAUUGUCAUAGUUUUCACCUCGAUCUUAUUUGUGAUCCUUCUUGCCCCGAUUUCUAUUCCAAUCUCGAUGGCCAUUAGAGAAGAGCCAAGAACAUCAAUCGAGGAGGCACUUCUUGAAACUCAGAAAGAGGAACCUGCAAAAGCAGCCGAAUCUGAUACCGAUGUUGUUUUUAGUGAGAUCGAAGAUGAGAAGCCUAAGGAUGUCGAUACACUUCCAAGAUCGGAAAGGAAAAAACGAAUGGCACAACUCCAAGCAAGGGUAGCCCAAGCAGCAGCCGAGGGAGCAGUCAGAGUUAAGAGAAGAAGAGGUCCUCAUAGAGGGGAAGAUUUCACAUUAACUCAAGCUCUCGUUAAGGCAGACUUCUGGCUUCUCUGGUUUCCAUUUGUUCUUGCUUCUGGAUCCGGUUUGACUGUGAUCGACAAUCUUGGUCAGAUGAGCCAAUCUUUAGGCUAUAAUAAUGCACAUAUUUUUGUGUCCAUGAUUAGCAUUUGGAAUUUCCUUGGUCGUGUUGGAGGGGGUUACUUGUCGGAGAUUGUCGUCAGGGAUUAUGCAUAUCCAAGACCCGUGGCAAUGGCUAUAGCCCAAGUCAUAAUGGCAGUCGGCCACUUUGUCAUUGGGAUGGGUUGGCCCGGGGCAAUGUACAUCGGAACCCUAUUAAUUGGACUUGGCUAUGGAGCCCACUGGUCAGUUGGUCCCGCUACAGCUUCUGAGCUCUUUGGGUUGAAGAGUUUUGGAGCACUAUAUAAUUUCCUUACCCUCGCAAAUCCCGGUGGUUCUCUCAUCUUUUCUGGUCUUAUAGCGAGCACUAUAUAUGAUCGAGAAGCAGAGAAGCAAGAGCAACAGCGGAAUCCUCAUCUUGGUUCUUUCUUAACAUUGGAAGAACCACCAAAGUGUGAAGGUGCAGUAUGCUUCUUUCUUACUUCCAUGAUCAUGUCUGGAUUAUGUGUUAUUGCAAUUAUCUUGACGAUGACCCUUGUACAUCGGACAAAAAGUGUUUAUGCAACUCUCUAUGGAAAAACACGCAACUAAUUCGUGGGGGAAAGGGUCAUUUACAACGAUAUUCUUUCAUGUGAUUUGUUUCCUUGAGCUUGUCGUAUGCUGUAUGUGAUAUCCUCUCCGCUCCAAACUGUGUGCACCGAAAGAACAAUCUUCCCUGACCUUCUCUUGCUCGAAGGCAAGCUAGUGUAUGCAUUAUUGUAGAGGAUGUCGAUGCUUUUUUUACGAUUGUUUGUAAGCAAUUUUCUUGUCUUUAGAUGUUGCAACUUAGUAUUUUCCUCCAAUUUGCUAUGGGAGGUUUACAUAUUUUGAAUAAGAUGAUUCUUUGUCUAUAAAUGAUUGUGAUGUUCUGCA